GACACAGAUGUUGUGCGCACGUCCUCGCACUUCCGCUCCGCAUGAUACCGGAGAGAAGUUCUGACAGCUGAGGCUCCCCUCAGUUCAUUCCAACCCCCGGCUUCCCCAAAAUCACAUUCUAUCUUCAUUUACAGUCGUCAGUGCCUUAAUUAAUCACCGAGGGGAGUUUCGGUGAACGGAGGGCGUCCGAUUAUGGUGUAGCACGGACCGCUAGCUCCCAGAUUAAAGGAAGUUUGAGUCGUGGGGCAACGUGCGGGGGCGGGGCAGAGCACAGCAGGGCUGCAGGAGCCAUGCUCACGCUGUCCAGCAAGCUGAAGAGGAAUGACGGCGGACAGACGAGCCGGGCCGGCGGGGUCUCCGACGCCACUCACAGGGUCUCCAUUCGAGACCGUCUCCUUACCAAAGAAGUUGCCGAACUUGAAGCCAAUCUUCCUAGUACAUGCAAAGCCAAUUUCCCCGAUGAAGACAAGCUGCACCAUUUUCAGCUAGCAGUGUCUCCUGAUGAAGGUUACUACCAAAGUGGCAGGUUUCAGUUUGAAAUCAACGUGCCCGAAGCCUACAACAUGGUGCCUCCAAAAGUGCGAUGUCUGACCAGAAUAUGGCAUCCAAAUAUCACCGAGAACGGGGAGAUCUGCCUGAGCCUAUUGCGGGAACAUUCUAUCGACGGCACAGGGUGGGCCCCCACCAGAACCUUGAAGGACGUGGUCUGGGGAUUGAACUCGUUGUUCACCGACUUGUUGAAUUUUGAUGACCCGUUGAACAUUGAUGCGGCAGAACAUCACUUGAGGGAUAAGGAAGAUUUUCGGAACAAAGUUCAAGAUUACAUCAAGCACUACGCCAGAUGAUAGACGCACGGGGCCGCGGCAAGUUUGCUCGCAAGCUGCUCCACCUUUGCCUCAGCUUUUUCUCUCAAGUCCACACUGAAUCAGCAGCCGGCCGGUCGUCUUGAACGUCGCGCUCUGCUCACCUUCUCGCAAUAAACCUCGACACAUGACGGACAUGGGAAGCGCACGUUUGAGCAAGGAACGCAAAGCACGACGCUUUUAUUGUACUCUCAGAGAUGUCACGUUGGCGCCGCUCGCUUGACGCCAAGACAGUAGACGUACCGUGAGUGACCGGCCGCUAUUUUUUUCUUGGGGGGCCGGGGGGGGGGGGGUGUUUUCAAGUGAGUAAACAAGAGAAGAGUUAUGUACGUUCUCAGUUCCAGUGCCUGCAGUGUUUGUGUUGGCAGAAAGGAAAAAAAAAAUUGCAUGCGAGUUGACAUGAUGUAAUCUGAAGAUAUUCACACACCUUUGUGGACACCUUACGUGCUACACGCGACCUGCCCGGCCCCCACCAGACAGCGUUUGAAUGAUCAGCACCGCAGCGUCCUCAUUUGUUGUCUUUCACACGCACAUUUUGAUACCCACUUUUUUUUUUUUUUUUUGUUACCUCAAUGUGCAAAAUGGGAGACAACUCUUGUCAUUUCCCUUUCUUGUUUUCAUGCUUAUGUCAACCAUGCCUCUCACAAUCAGACAAAAUGUAUCAAUGAGGUGAGGCUAAAACACAAGAGCGUACUGAAGUCACUGUUUGGUUGAAAACGGCAAAAAUAAAUGCGUCUUUUGACCAAGAGCGGAAGGAAAAA